ACAGAGCACCCCUAGUGUUCAUAAUCAGUAAUGCAAGAGACACUUUCUGGUUUUCCCCGGAAGAAUGCAUUUGGCCCUUCAAGGAUCUGAUGUUGUGUCUCCCUGAGAACAUGAACCACACUUGCAUCUCACAAGCAGCAAACCUUACCACGAAUCCUCUCGGGGGUCAUCAGGUAUGGGAGGUGGUUCUGAUUGUGCUUGUGACUGGGCCUCUUUCUCUUAUUACCAUACUGGGCAACUCCUUGGUGCUCAUCUCCGUCCGAGUCAACAGUCAGCUACAGACCAUCAGUAACUACUAUCUUCUGAGUCUGGCGGUGGCAGACCUGAUCUUGGGUACGGUGUCAAUGAACCUAUAUACUGCAUACAUAAUCAUGGGCCGCUGGACACUGGGACAUCUCGCUUGUGAUCUGUGGUUGACACUUGACUAUGUAGCGAGCAACGCCUCUGUAAUGAACCUGCUGGUCAUAAGCUUUGACAGAUACUUCUCAGUCACACGACCGCUGACUUAUCGAACAAAGCGAACUCCGAAGACAGCAGCUGUAUUGAUCGCUCUGGCAUGGGUGGUAUCGUUUGUGCUAUGGGGACCCGCUAUCUUGUUUUGGCCUCAUGUGGUGGGACGACCAUCUGGGGCUGAAGCCCAGGCCUGUUCUAUCCCAUUCUUGAAGGUUCCUCCGCUUACAUACGGUACCGCAAUCGCUGCAUUCUACCUACCCGUCACUAUCAUGAUUAUUCUGUACUGGAGAAUUUAUUGGGAAAUCGAGAACAGGGCGAAAGGACUUGCUGGUUUUGUUGGAUCUGUGAAAAACACUAGAGAUAUUCUGCAUGGGUUGGACAAACAAUCAGUGCGCCAAACCAGUACCAAGAGCAACAUUAGACGCUCAAAGGAAAAAAAAUCCAGAAAGGGACCAGGCAAAGCCAAAGGAAAGUCAGUUGGGUGUUUCAAUUCAACAAGAAACAAAACGACAACCAUUUUGCAGAAGUCAGCUCAUGAGAGUUACAAGGAGUCUUACAGCAACAGCAGCUGGAACAUUGAAGAUGAGGAUGAUAGCGCCUUGUCCUCUUCCACAGACGAGGAACAUGAGCAGAACAUCAAGGCAAGAGCACCUUCAUCCAAUCCAACUGCGAUCGAGUUGAAGGAUCUCCAGAGUAGAUCAGAGGAUACCAAGGGUGUGCGAGAGUUCUCAUCAGCUCAGCAUCCCACCAGACAGUCCCACUUAAAACCACCCCAGAAAUCAGACCACAGCAUUUGCCACCAGCUCAGAGCUAAACAUCGCAUCAAUAUGAUCAUUAAAGAGAAAAAAGCAGCCCGGACACUAAGUGCUAUCUUGUUGGCUUUCAUUCUCACGUGGACACCAUACAACAUCAUAGUUUUGGCUUCCAUUUCUUACUGUGUGCCUGAAAAGCUCUGGCAGCUGGGAUACUGGCUGUGUUACGUAAACAGCACCAUCAACCCCAUGUGCUAUGCCCUCUGCAAUGAGUCUUUCCGGGUCACCUUCAAGGCACUGCUACUUUGUCGCCGUGGAGAUAAACGAAAAUGGGACACAAACAGCUUGAAUCGCCAUGCCUCUGUGAGGCAGAAUACACCUUGUAGUAACAUGAAAUCUUUCACUUUAUGAUUUGUCAUUCUACAGCAUGGGUGAUUUUAAUUGCUCGAUCCAGAUACACUGCUUCCAGAUGGCAGACACUUUUUUUUACCUAGGGAACAACACUGAAUAUGACUUAAUCAGCAUUUGCUUCUAUAUUUGUAUGACUAAAUUUGUGGGCCUCUGCUUUUACACAUUACACUGUCACUGCAAAACGGCUUGAUUCUGAAUCUUGUCAGACACUGAUGAGAAGUUACUUAGCCUUUUGGUCUCUAUGUCUUUGGCUACAUCAAAAAUUGAAGUAGUACUUUGCUUAAAUCCAACAAAAAGUAAAAAUUAAUUUUAUUAAUUGAAAUUGUUAUUUGAAAUUGCCUUAUGUAUAGGCGGAAUGAG